AUGAAUGACAGAAAGUCACGAUGGAGAAAAAGUUAACAUUUAGCACCACGACGGUACCCAGUGACGUGAUGGACGACGGCGUAUCCACAUGAUAUCAACACCAAUACAUGGUGACUACAACCACGACUUCAACUUCUCCUCUACCUACAUUCAUUAAAUCUCAAAAACCAAAACCAAAGAAUAAAGUAAAAAUGGAAAGGAUCAGUACGUCAAAUCCACCGAUUUGUUGCAGCAAACCCGUCAUGAGAAAACACGCACUAACUUAUACAGCAAAACCCACCACGACCACGACCUUCAACACCAACUCCCCACCACCAACCACCACAGCCCCCUCUAACCAGCAAUUCCCCACCACCACCUCAUCCCGAAAAUCCUCCUCAGGAUCCCCAAACGCCACGCCAGAUGAUUGGUUAGAUUUCUCAUCUUACCUGGAAAGAGAACGGGAGGAAGAGGGCAAGAGGUGGGUGGAGGAAUUGUUGGGUGGGAUGCCUAAUGUUGCUUGAAGGUCCCUGUGGAGAGGCUGGCUGCGGACGAGGGAGGGAGGGAGGCUAUGCGGAGAUCAAACAAAGCGCGCCGAGAGAUCGGAUGAAAAGAGGGGAGGGGUGAAACAGGGAGAGAGAGAGAUGAGAUGAGACGAAAGAUGGGGUCGGUGGGAAGUGGAGUGUUUGUGUGCAGGAAGAACUUCCGUUGUGCAAUUAGAGAUCUUGCUCAAGGGAAGAUGAAGCCGUCACCUGAAUUAAAGGGAAUUGAAAGAAU